UCUGUGCAACAAACACAGCGACACAGCACAUACACACUUAAAAAGAACACACAACAUGAACGUUAACUAGGACACGAAAACUUCGCUUCUUGGAAAAAAAAAAAAUUCUUUUCUCUUUGUCUCCAUACAUACCUAUAUAUAUAUAGGUAUACUGCAAAAACAUUAAACAUAUUUAUAACGGAUUAUAUUUUGAACGUUCUUUUUUUAAGUGUUUUCUUCUGAUUUUCGAUAUCAACUAUGAAACAAACAGUCUUCCUGUCAAUAUGGAUGGCAGCCGUGGGCGUCAUGUGCCUCCCUCACGCCCACCCCCUGCCGUACUCAAGCCUUUUAGAUGACCCCGCCUUCUCUCCCACUCGUACUUCCCGGCAUAUCAAUCUUCUGGACGGCUUAGCGGAGGGCGUGGACUCGGAAAUGUUUGAUAGUGUGGUGGAAUUUUUUUUCACUAAGUUUGGAGAGGAGGCAAGCCUGAAGGGACGGAGUUACGACAGCGGCUCAGAUUUCAAACGCCCUCCAGCUUAUCAAGCAAACAACAAUUUCGAAGAAUUGCACACCGGUAGCGGCUAUAACAACAACUUCAUGACAGGGUACAAACAUGAGAGUCAUGGUAAGCCAGAGAAAACCUGCAUAGAUGUGUACGGCUUGUCCCAUAGCAGCAGUUUUUGCCUGGAUGUGUUUGCAGCUUUAUCAGUGACUGGUGCCGCUCUGCUUCUACAACUACUCUUCUUCAUCGCAAAGGACGUCUUCUGUCCCCAUCUUAAAAGGAAUGAUGACAGUAUUGAUGGCGCUCUCAAUGGCCUGAAUACCUUGUUCGGUAUGUUGGGUGCUGGUAACAUGAGUAGUCUGUUCGCUAUUGACAAUUCGAACACUGUGACCGUGGAUGCAGUGGGCGGAGAUAUGCUGAAGACAGGCGAUGGUGAUGGAAGCAUUUUUCAUGAUAAAGACGAUGGACAGUUUGCUGGCUGCGACACCUUAGUAUUCGUAGGAAAGGAUCACAAUCCAGCAGCUACGGGAUCCACAGAAGGCAGCGAAUCAGAAGAGGAGGAAGAAAAUACGGAAGAAAAAUAUGACAGACUAAACGUGAACUUGAAAUCAGAUGAUGAUCCUGAAAAAGACGACGACGACGACGUACCAGAUGCUGAUGGAAAUGACGUUUCAUUGAUAGGUGACUUGUCACCGUCAUCUUUUUGGAGACCCCUACUACAACCACCACCACUACUACUACCACCACCACCACCACUCCUAAACCCACUCGCGCCCCUCUCCUCGUGCUCCUGAAGAAGUCUGGUGGUAUCUGUUACGUCACCAGCGCAGUUCAGCCAACAAGCUUCACUAUGCCAAAUGCAAUGCAAUGGCGGAGCUUUGGACACACCCUCAGCCCCUCCCUGCUGCUGCAAGCCAAGGACUGGUUCAUGGACGAGGCACGUCUCUUUGGCUACAGAUUCGGAGGAGAAAAUUCUCCCUUAUGCCGCAUACUGAGCUACUUUGUGUAAGAACUUGAUUCCUGUAUUCAAUCACCAAUUCAUUGAUGUUAUUCUAUUAUCAUUUUAGUUACAUAUGUAGAAUCACUGCGUCCAGAGCGCAGUAGUUAGUCAAUAAAAAAUAUUAACUUAUAUAUGUAUCCGUUAAUAUAUACUGUAUGUAUACGCAUGUGUAAGGCACUAAUCUGUUUACCAAUGUGUGCGUAUGUUAUGGGUACUAAUACUUCCACCCGUAUGUUGCGUGUGUGUGUGUGUGUGUGUGUGUGUGUGUGUGUGUGUGUGUGUGUGUGUGUGUGUGUGUGUGUGUGUGUGUGUGUGUGUGUGUGUGUGUGUGUGUGUGUGUGUGUGUGUGUGUGUGUGUGUGUGUGUGUGUGUGAUAUUAUUUAUGUUCACAUGUAAACAAUUCUCCCUAUAUAUGUAUGUACAUAUAUGUUUAUUGA